UUUAGCUUCAGAGUCUUCCACAAGAAAAAAAAAUAUUAUUGGAAACAAAAAAAAUGUUUUUUCGUUGUUAGAAUAAACAGAUUAAAAAAACAAAGAAAAGGUUUCCUCUUCUGUUACAUUCCAUCCACCUUCUCCGGCCACCGGAGCGUAGUUACGCCGAAUUGUGCUUCUUCUCCGGCGAGAGAGGGAGGGAGGUGUGAGUUUUUGCUGUUCCGGCGAGUGGUCUCCUCCCCGCGCGGCUGAGGAGAUCUCUCGGGGCAUCAGGAUUGGGGCGUGCAUGAUGGGGUUUUCGCUCACGCCGAUGAAGAUCUCCACGAGGCUUCUGUGGAGCACCAGCUUCUUCCGCCACAAGAUCGCCAUCACCAUCGCGUCCUCCUCCUGCUUCUUAUAAGAUCAUCUUUCUCCGCCACAGCAAGCUGUAAAUAUAUACGUCGAACGCACAAGCGCGUUCGAUCGAUUGGAUUUCUUUCCCCCCACGACAAGUGAGGCGAUCUCUAAGCUUGAAGAUUUGAUCCGCGAUGGAGUCCGGCCGGCUCAUCUUCAGCACGGCGGGUUCCGGCGCAGGGCAGAUGCUCUUCUUGGACUGCGGCGCUGGCGGCGGCGCCGGCGGCGGAGCCAUGUUCCAUCGAGUGAUGAAGGGGCGAGACCGGUGCUCGGCAUGGACGAAGGAGGGCGCGGCGUCAAGCGGCCCUUCUUCACCACGCCCGACGAGCUCCUCGAAGAGGAGUACUACGACGAGCAGCUUCCGGAGAAGAAGCGGCGCCUCACCCCGGAGCAGGUGCAUCUGCUGGAGAGAAGCUUCGAGGAGGAGAACAAGCUGGAGCCGGAGCGGAAGACGGAGCUGGCGCGGAAGCUAGGGCUGCAGCCGCGGCAGGUCGCCGUGUGGUUCCAGAACCGCCGCGCACGCUGGAAGACCAAGCAGCUCGAGCGCGACUUCGACCGCCUCAAGGCUUCGUUUGACGCCCUCCGCGCCGACCACGACGCCCUCCUCCAGGACAACAACCGGCUCCACUCUCAGGUCAUGUCGUUGACCGAGAAGCUGCAAGAGAAGGAGGCGAGCGAGGGCAGCGCCGGCGCGGCCGUUGACGCCUCGGGGCUGCCUGCGGCGGACGUGAAGGUCGCCGUGGCGGACGCCGAGGAACAGGCGCCGGCGGAGGCGGUGUUCGAGGUGCAGCAGGUGAAGGCCGAGGACAGGGUGAGCACGGGCAGCGGCGGGAGCGCGGUGGAGGACGCGGACACGCUGCUCGGGUGCGGCCGGCAGCUCGCCGCGGUGGACAGCAGCGUGGAAUCAUACUUCCCGGGCGACGAGUACCACGACUGCGUGAUGGGGCCCAUGGACCAUGCCGCGGCUGGCAUCCAAUCGGAGGAGGACGACGGCGCCGGCAGCGACGAGGGCUGCAGCUACUACGCCGACGACGCCGGCGUCCUCUUCGCCGACCACAACCACCACCACCACGCGGACGACGACGAGGAGGACGGCAGCCAGAUCAGCUGGUGGAUGUGGAACUAGAUGGCCGCGCGCCCGACGUGCAUUCAAUCUCGUUAAAAAUCGUGCCUUUUCCCUUUUUUUGCGCUUCUUUGUUUGUAAUGUUGAGUUCGCUACGAAGAAGGUGUACGCAUGCAUGGUAUGGUAGGGUAACAUCGGUGAAUCAAAUCUGUCACGCUGAUGAUGAUGAUGAUGUACGAGAAGAACAUGGGGGUAGCAAUAAGUGCAUGGAGGCAAGUACUCUUUUUUUAUGGCACAUACGUACCAAAUUAUGUCGAAUUGAGAUUUUCAGUGUUCGAAUUCUUGAUCA